GCCCUGCCUCUUUCGUGCUACGUCACCACUGAGCAGGAUACGCUGAUGCCGACAGGAGGAAACAGGCACUCGUGUCUGCCAGAAGCCGGCUGCUCCAUCCUCUCACCGGAUCUUUCACCGGCUUCACAGAACUCCCUGGUUUCUCAUUUUGACCCUUAUUUUGAGCCUGGCCAAAUCAGACAACAGACUGAUUCGGACUCUUAAGACCUUCUGGGAAUAUGAAUCAUCUUCUGCCACAGAGCAAUUGACAUCAGUGGCGGGAUACAGUUUUGCCUCAAAGAUGGAGGUCAAAUGUGUUUCAGACCGGGACAGGAGGAUUUACAACUCAACUUAACAAACUCCCUCUGUGAAGUUAAUCAAAGUGAUCUGGGAGCAACAGGAGCUCAAUCAGACCUCGUCGACAGCUGAUGGAUCGUCUUCACGCUCUCUGUCUGACAUGUUGGAGUAAAUUUAUCUUUUAAUCAAGGAUUUAGACAUUGAUGUUUAGUGCCGGCGCUCGUUGAACGUCGUGACCUAUAAAUCAGAAAUGGUGUUAAUGAAUGUGUUCCCCAGUAAGGCUGACAGAUAGGUACGUCAUCACUGCUGACUCACUACGUGGCCAAGAAUGCCUCACUUACAUGCUCUAAAUUUAGAUUUAAAGCCUCUAACUUUGAUUUUGCCUGAAAAGAUGGACUAUUGAUCAAUUUCUCUCAUCAGAGUUAAAGGCAAAUUAAAGAGGUUAUUAAAAUCUUGAAACUUCUUGACACAGAACAGUCAUUUUUCUACUAGUCAAGUUGUUUGGCAACAUCACUAAUCAAUCCUUAAAUCCCCAAAGUGGCCUUGUCCUAUGAACAAGAACAAGAUUGUUUGACUUCGUCUCUGUUGACUUCUUUGGACUACUGACCCAAUCCAAGAUUACUUUGGACAUACAGGAAGGGAACAUUACUCGUGUUUUGCUUGAAGUUUCUCUCAAUAUGGGAUAUCUUAUCUCAAAGUGACCGCCAGACCCCCAUCAACAUGGUGGUGACUCGUCUUGAGUUGGAGCUUCGCUACCAGGACAAGAAGCUCCGUGGCGUGACAUGGAAGCUGACGCGAUCUGAACAUGGUUUCCUGCCAGAGAGCUCCUGGCUCAUCGCGGCACAGGUUAUGGUGCCCUACCUGAUAUCGGGACUCGGAAUGGUCUCUGCUGGGAUCCUAAUGGACCUUAUGCAACACUGGGAGGUGUUCAAGGUGAUAACGGAGGUUUUCAUCCUGGUUCCGGCUCUCGUCGGCCUCAAAGGAAACCUGGAGAUGACCCUGGCUGCUCGGCUCUCCACCGCCGCCAACACGGGCCAAAUGGAUGAUCCAGACAAACAGUGGACCAUGGUGUGCAGCAACCUGGCUCUCAUUCAGGUCCAGGCCACGGUGGUGGGCUUCCUGGCGGCAGUGGCAGCCGUCUGCUUGGGUGCAAUCUCCAGAGGAGGAGUAGAGCUGGACCAGGCGGCCGUCCUGUGUGCCAGCAGCAUCACCACUGCCUUCGUAGCUGCUCUGUCCCUGGGCCUGGUGAUGAUCGGAGUGAUCAUCGGCUCCAGGAAGGUGGGAAUCAACCCGGACAAUGUGGCCACGCCCAUCGCCGCCAGCCUGGGGGAUCUGAUCACGCUGUCCCUGCUGGCCGGGGUCAGCACCACGCUCUACCAGUACAAAGACCUCUGGUACCUGUCCCCCUCGGUGUGCCUGCUCUUCCUGGCUCUGAUCCCGCUGUGGGUGGUGUUGGCCCGACAGAGUCCGCAGAUCAAAGAGGUUCUCCGCUCUGGCUGGCAGCCUGUUAUAGUAGCCAUGUCCAUCAGCAGUUUUGGGGGCCUUAUCCUGGACAAGACAGUGAGUGACCCCAACUUUGAGGGGAUGGCUGUUUUUACGCCUGUUAUUAACGGAGUGGGUGGAAACCUGGUGGCCAUCCAGGCCAGCAGGAUUUCAACAUACCUUCACUUCUGGAGCGCUCCAGGUGUUCUGCCCAGCAAGAUGAGCCAGCACUGGCCCAGUCCCUGCGUCAGCUUCUUCUCUUCAGGAGUGAACUCUAAGUCGGCGCGUGUGCUGCUGCUGCUGGUCGUACCCGGGCACCUGGUCUUCCUCUACGCCAUCUCUCUGCUGCAGGGAGAGGAGGCUCCUGUCACCACAGCCUUCACCAUCUGCUACCUGUGUGCAGCUCUGCUCCAGGUAGCCAUUCUUCUAUACGUAGCCGAUCUCAUCGUCCGUCUGAUGUGGAGACGAAGUCUGGACCCCGACAACUUCUCCAUCCCGUACUUGACCGCUCUGGGGGACCUGCUGGGGACCGGCUUCCUGGCCCUCUGCUUCCGCUGCGUCUCAAUGAUUCACAGUUUGGGCCUGUGAAGUUUUUCGCACUAAUCCCUGAACAAACGCUGAGAUAUUACCUGUCUUACUGCACCACUUUUUUUUUCUUCUAAAGCAAUUUUGAGAGUUUCUCCAGAUUUUGAUCACUGAGCCAGUUCAAACACAAACCCAGGCCUUUACUUUCACUCUCUAGAGGAACAGCAGUCGAGUCUCUGCGCUGAGCGGUUGGCCUCAGUUUGGAGUUGGGUUUACAGAAAAGACUUAGAGCUGCCAUCUUUAGGCGGGCCACUCUAUGCAUGUAUGCUGGAGGACAAGCAAGUUGCUACACACUAAUUGGAUAGAAUAUGAGCGAAGAGUUCAGUUUGCGUUACGGCUCACAUGUCCCGGUGCGUUAGGUCAAGUAGACGGGGAUGUUUCUGUAUCUCCUUCACAAGCUCUUAUCUCAUUUUAAAAAAUCUAAUAAAAUUAAGAGCUCUAUCAUGACAGAAAUGUGCAACAGAAGUUAUAUAAAACGAAAAAGGCCAUUGAGGAAGAAAUGUGAAAUAAACAAUGGAUCAUGUCAGAUUUGUUCUUUAGUUGAAGAUAUUGAUCACUGUUCCUUUAAAUCUUUGUCCCUAUUUUCCAUCAUGGCUGCAUCUGUGGCUCUACUGGCUCCCUGCUCUACUCAUGUCGCUGUUGUCAUUCUUCUACGCUGUAUUUCCCUCCGUAGUAACAACUUGGUUGAAAUAAAAUUCUUCAAUAGGUCAGACUGGUACUUGACCACCAUGUUUAAAAUCCACUAAACCGCCGACUUCAGAGUUUGUGACGCACUAAAUGUUGCUUUUAAAUCAGUGGCAGUAUCUGGGACAUUUCUGGGGUCUGUUUGUGGCUCCUGGCAGCAGCUUUGUGCUUCUCAUACUGCACACGUCUUUGUACAACCUCAACCCCGUAGUGCCAAGCUUCUUUGCACAGAAUGUACGUAGCAUUGUACGGAUUAGCAACAGAAGUUGCCAGACACUCUCAGACAGUUUCAGGUCAGAGGGUCAGCGGCCCUCCAUGUCCUCUACAGGAGUGGUCAACCAAACUGACCAAUCUACCCCACAGUGAGAAGGUGAAACCUGUUUACAGACACAAAGAAGGAAGACGGACAUGUAGCUGUUCUCAGAAAGGAAGAGCCGAGCAAAACUCAACGGAAGGAAACUUUUUGACUCAUAAAUGUUAAAGCACACACUCUUGUUUGUCACACGAAAUGAAAAGUUUAUUGUCUUUAGAGAAAGAACAGGAAACACUAAAAGUCAAAUUAACCACUUUAUCUUUAUCUGAUGAAACUGGGGAUUUCUUCGUUAUGUACAGCUUCUCUAGUUUCUGUUCUCUUUGCAGAUUUAUUUUUAUUAACAAGUUCCAGUGAAACUUUGAGUGGGGAAAGACAUUUGGCCUCACAUGUUAGUGAACUUCCUCUGAAAGCAGAAGCUGGAGCUUCUCUAAAAAAAAGAUCCAUGUUUGCUGUCAACCAAACGAAGCAGGCAGCGUUCACAACUCCUCUGAACAUCUCCUUGGUAGCACCUAAAAGUGAAAAAGAAUCUGAUUGGAUGUAAAAUUACUAAACAAGAUAAUUCAAGCUCAUUUCACUGUACUUCUCCAGAAAUCCAGUUCAAACGAACCGGACUUUCUAGGCCAACCAGUUCAAUUAUCGUGGACUAAACAGGACUGGUUUGAAUUCAUCCUAAAUCAACAGGAAGUCAUGUUUUUGUAGUUUCUCCUUGUUCCAAACAAGCCAUGCUUUUAUUUCGAAGGUUUACAUUGAAGUCACAAAUGGAAGGUUUGAGGAUUCAGAACAGGGUAUUAGAAAUAGUUCAGCCUUUUCCCAGUGUAGCUACCAACAGAGUUUUGCUAAGACAACAAUGACCUGGAACUGAUUCCGUUUCUUUUUAUUCUCUCAUUAUUCUCUGUUCCAUGUAGAUCUAACCUUUUCCAUUUCAUUUAAAACACUGAGAAUGAGUUCACCUAUUUCACCAUCUGUACAACAUUUUUAUAUUUUAGUUUUUUCUGCUGUGAUUUAAUUCAUAUAAAAACACUAAAUCAAGAUGUUUUCAGCUUUUGUUUGAGUGUUGACAUGGAGUGUUAAAGAACCUUGUAGUUCAGUUCUCAGACCAUUAAAAUCUCAUAUGUUGACAUACACUCUUUUUCAAAGAUGCUUACAGAAGAAAUCUAAGCCAGUUCUUACUUGACAGUGCUGUGAAAAAGUAUUUAACCCUUUACAGGUUUCUGAUUUUUCUACUUUUAUGUUGUCAGAAAUUGAUUUCUUGAUUGCCCAGGCAAAGUGAGUUAAUUCAUUAUUUUACAAGAGAUGUGAUUCUAUUUUCACAGAGGGCCAAGUUGGUUUGGAUAGGUUUUCUUUCCUUAGUUAAUGAAACUGCAUUUUAUAUCUACUUAUAUUAAUAUUUGUUUGAUCUUAAACAAUUAUUUGUGA